CGGUAGUUGAUUGACAGGGACAAUCAGCCAAUCGCGGCGCGGGGAAACGCCGGGUGGGCGGUAACUUCUUAUCAGCCUCUCGGGAGCUGGAGAGUGGGAAAUGAAUGCUUCCCCUAUGGAGACAUCAGUCAGAAGAUACGAGACGAGAAAUAAAGCAGCGGGAGCCGAAGCGCCGUUCAGAUCCAGAGUGGAUUGGAGACGAACCAAGAGGGAGCUGAUCCUGUUUGACAGCGAUGAGGAAUCCACUUUUAUCUCAGAGGAGGAGGAAUCGGUGUCCGAAAGCGGUAAAGAUGAAAGUGAUGCAAAGGGCGGCCUUUCCAACCAGGAGGUGAAAAAUCAGGUUGGAGAAUUAACAGAGGAUGGGGAGGAUGAAUGCGUCGUGCCUGGAAAGAGGAAAAAGGUCAGCAGGUCUGUGCUGGAGGAUAGCGAGGACAGCCAGGAUAGCGAUAUACUUGUAAGGAAAGUUUUUGUUAAACACCGCUGUGUGAUUAAUGAAGACGAGAGUUCCCAAGAACAGCAGGUCGGGAAAGCCGGCCCCGCAGAAAAUGUGGCUGUUAAGAAGAAACGGGAAGUGCUGGCAAAGCUGCGGGACCUCGCAAAGCAACGGGCGACUCGGAGCUCCUCUGAGAGCGAAAACUGGGAGGAUUCUGACGGUGAAGCGGAAAAAGAAGAGGAACCAUUCUGCCAAUUGCUCCUCACACCAGAAUGCGAUGAAAGUGACAGAGGGAGCUUGGAAGACUUUAUAGUUGAUGAUGAUGGAGAUGAUGAUGACAACGUGGAACAUGUUAAGAGUGAAAAACAUCUGCAGCAGAAAGAUGUAAAUGCAUCAAAUAGUGACUUGCUGGCACGCUGCAUCCCAGGCUUUCACUGCAGCAGUCCUUAUGAACACUUCCAAAGAAUAGUAAAGGCUUUCCUCAUAAAUGCAAUUGAUGACACUUUUCUGAGCUCACUGUAUGAUGGAACAAGACAAAAGAAAUAUGCCAAAGAUAUGCUGCUCUCACUUCAUUAUUUGGAUGACCGUUACAUUCAGCCCCGCCUUGACAACUUGUUCUCUAGAAGCCGCUGGAAAGAUCGUUACAAGGAGCGCGUGGAUUGUUAUCCAGGUGUUUUCAUAACCUUGAAAAAUCCAAUGAAUAUGACUUGUCAGGCAUGUGGAAUGCAUCGCUAUUGUAAGUUUGAUGUGAUACUGUUUGGAAAGCUUUAUAAUAGUAGAACUCUGGAAGCAGAUGACUUCAUGUCAGAUGACAAACAGGUGCUGAAGGUCGGUGUGGUGUGUGCAGAUCGUACAAAAGUUUAUCACAACUUGAAGCACUUCAAGUACAAGUUAUACAUGGAUUGCAGCUCCAUUACCAUGCUGGACGGUGCUGAGGAUGAACCAGUUAAAGACACAGUUGAACGACUUUUCAGCCAGCUGGAAGAAACAGGGUGGAUUCAGAAGAAAUAUGAUGAGCUUGAAAACUACAUGAAUGAUGCAGACAUUUUCCAAGAAGAAAAAGAAUGAUUAAGUGGAAAUACAGCUCUUUUAAAGAUACCUUGUAAAAAACUGAAUGGCCUGUUUUAUCUGCAGGCACUUCACCUCAGCUUGUUCUUCAAGAUUCUAAUAAUGUAAAAGGCUGUAUUAUGCUCAAAUCCAUGGGUCUGUAAACAACUGUUUAAGAAUAUCCUGUAUUAUUUUUCAGCCAUGUGAAUAAUAACUUGAAGUUUUCCCAAAUCGGUCCUUCCAUUUUUGCUGCAUUGGUCACUUCAUGCUUCCUUUUGUUCUUCAAAAUAACAGAUCAGUAUCUUCUUACUUGUGAAGCAAAAGCUGUGCCUGUUGAUGUUGAGCUGUAGCACUGGGAAGGUAGGAGGUCUUGAGACUUUUUGAAGUGGGAAUAUUUGGAAAGGUAAGACUAUGUUACACAGGAACAUACAUGACUUGCAUCAUUCCUUUCCUUUUGCUUGUUGUAAAUUCACAAGCAAGUCCAACUGUUUAGAAUAACAGUUAUGAUGAAAUGGACCCUAAUGCGAAGACUUACUUCCCCUCUGAGGAAUCACUAUAGCCUGUUGUAAGGCAGCAGGGCAAAUAUUAUGCAAUCCUGCCUAUAUUUGCAGCACAGCAGUCAUUCCUCUUUAGAGAGCAGGUGAUGAGUCACAUAAUAGGCAUCACAGGGCUGAGGCUGGCAUAACCAUCCAGGUGUACACUCAGCCCCACACUGCUCUCUCUGAUGCUGUCUGAGGCAACUUACUGAGAUCUUAAAUUGUGUUGCGCAAACAUAAUGGCAACAACUUGCAGUAACUUAAAAUAAUAGAUUAAUGUGGCCAUGCAAGCUAAGCAAGAAUUCUUCCAGUAUAAUCUGAUAACUGAAAGCAGGAGUUACUUAGAAUCAUGAUGCGUGGUUUACCACGGAGUAAGUAGAGUAGACCCUGAAGACUGGGAAGGGGAAGGUACUCUAUACGCUAUUCUGUCCUGGUAUUUUAUGCUGCAUAUAAAGUUACAUUGACAUAUCCUAAGAGAAGAUGCAGGGCACAUGGUUUUGAAUCCCAUUAGGAGCUGUUCUUAGACCCUGCAGUAUGCACAUAUCCUUGUUAGUCUGUUAUAGCUGAGAAACUCAGUAGGAGGGAUGAUGCUGGUAACCCUCUAGAUUUUUUUAACAGGUCACUUUCUCAGAACUAAAAGUAAGGAAGCCUGUUUUUUCACAUAUUUGCCCAUAAAAACUUCUCAUGUCUGAUGUACUACUUUGCUGGUAACAUGCUGACCUCGAUGAUCUCUGGAGGUCCCUUCCAACCCCCUACGAUACUGUGAUUUUGUGAUCUUAUGCUUUUCUUUCUUUCUUGGAAGAAAGCACCUCAAAGGCUGACUGAGCUUUGCCUGUGACAUCAUUAGUUGAACUGAUACAUGGCUUGGCAGGGGGCUGACAAGAUGUUUGUAUGUUACCGUCUCUUAGACUUCGACGUUCCCUUCACCAUGAUUAGAGGAAGUGAUAAUAUUUUUGUGGCUGCUGUUCCACCUGAAGAGCUUGUACGAGGCAGAGAAUGUGAAGUAUCGUUAUGACAUGUUUACACUCGUCUUCACUUGAAAAAAUAAAUAAAUGAAUUGUUUAGAAGAAA